CGGAAGCACUCAACCACACAAAAGUAAAAGGUUCAACAAAAGAAAAGUAAAAGAGAAAAGAGAAUGUUCCAAACUUUGAACCUUUUAAUUGAAGUUAAGGGCAGGAAGGAAGCACGCAAGAACACUACACAUACACCACAUUUAUCAAAGAUUAUAUUAUUUAUUUAUUGUUUCUGAAAAUUUAAUGUAAGACCACAAAAUGUAGACAAGAGACAAGACUCUUCUCAUUUCUCUAAUUUUGAAAUCUUAAUCUUCAAUCCGACUCCCCUCCUGCUUCUUCAGCUGUCUACAGUAGCCCCACGCGGUGUUCUCCGGCGUCUCCCUCUGACAACUCACUUCCUCCUCUUCUUAUUUAGUAUCUUUCUCUUUGUUUAUUUGAUAGGGUUCCAGGAGGAGGGGGAGGUUGUCAAUUUAAUUGAAAGUUUAAAAAGAAAAAGAAUGGGAGAAGGCUCUGAGGAAUCAGGAAAAGAAGGUGCAAACUGUGAGGGUCGUGUAAGGGAAGACAGUGAAUAUGUGAGGCUUGUCAUACCCAAUGCUUCAAAUCCAGGGUUACCUCAACAAAUUCACAUCUUGCACCCUCAACCUAAUCCAUCAUCAACUAAAUCUUUCCUUUGGUGGACCAAAGCUCUUGCAUUUUCCUUUCUCGUCAUUCUUCUUCUUCUUGCUUUCUUCAAAUGGGGUCUGCCCUUCCUUUUUCAGAAGGUUCUCUUCCCAAUCCUGCAAUGGGAAGCAACUGCUUUUGGCCGUCCUGUCCUUGCCCUUGUGCUCAUUGCUUCCUUGGCCGUGUUCCCUAUCUUCUUAAUUCCUUCAGGACCUUCCAUGUGGUUGGCCGGGAUGAUAUUUGGAUAUGGCAUGGGGUUCGUUAUCAUCAUGGUUGGAACAACUAUUGGAAUGAUUUUACCUUAUUUGAUUGGGCUAUUGUUCCGUGACCGCAUCCAUCAAUGGUUGAAAAGAUGGCCCCAGAAAGCUGCUAUGAUCAGACUUGCUGGAGAAGGGAGUUGGUUUCAUCAAUUUCGAGUGGUUGCACUCUUUAGGGUUUCACCAUUUCCAUACACAAUUUUCAACUAUGCAAUAGUAGUAACGAGUAUGAGAUUUUGGCCCUAUUUAUGUGGUUCCAUCGCUGGAAUGGUACCAGAAGCUUUUAUCUACAUCUAUAGUGGUCGGUUAAUAAGGACAUUUGCUGAUGUGAAAUAUGGGAACCAUCACUUGACUACUGUGGAAAUCAUAUACAAUGUCAUCUCCUUUAUUAUUGCUAUCAUUACCACGGUUGCUUUCACUGUUUAUGCAAAAAGAGCUUUGAAGGAGCUUGAAGGGAUAGAAACUACUGAAGAAGUCCCUGCUUCGCACCAAGGCAGUUAUGAGAUGGGAAAGCUUCCACUAGAAAGGCCCGCUCAGGUAGGUCUGUCAUCUUUUUCAUUGUAGUCAGAACGCAAAAUAUUUUUACCUGUAAAGAAAAAGGAAAAAGAAGAAAAAAAGAAGCUGAUAUAGUAGAGGGGUUUUGCUUUUCCUGAUAAUUUGUAGUAUUUUCUCCUUUCCUCUUUUUUAUUUUUGAUUUUUAGGUUACUUCAUCUGUAAUUAAAAAAUAGAAUGUAGACAAGAAAUUAAUGAUUCUAAUGGGCAUUCUGUGGCACCAUUUCACAGACCA